AGGUAGCUAUCGUUCAAUACUCGACAAUCAUUAUGGGUGGAAGACGUGCAAAAUACAAGCAGCCACCGCCGGCACCUCUAUCAGAACCCGGUGCAGACCGCCCAUCUUUCAAAAAACUCGGCAAACGCAAGGCAAAUGCGGACGUUGAUCUCGACUCAGAACUGGCGCAAGCACGGCCGGCGAAGAGAACCAAGGGCACGGCCAAGGUAUCAGGAAAAAAGGAUAGGAAGAGAAGCGAAACUACUACUCCGUCCACCCAGAAGAAGAAGAAGAUAGUAGAAGAAGAGGAGAUCUAUGAGAUUGAGAGCGGCGGAGAGAGCGACGGCUGGGAAGACGUUAGCAAUGACGAUGUCCUCCAAGGUGCUCCAGAAGAGUUGGAUUUGGGCUCGGACGACGAAGAGGAAGUACAACUCUUCCCAAAGAACGCCAGAGAAUCAAAACGACAACCUCAAAAGCACCGCGUGGUGGUUGUGUCUCCUCCAGGAUCUGAUGAUUCGUCCGCAUCCGACAACGAUGAUUCUGAAAGCGAGGGGGAGCGUAUCACGAUGGCAAAUAUGGAGGCACGUUCGCGUGCCAUCGACGAGGAAGCAGCUCGCGAGGCUGAGCUUGAUUUAGAAGAGGUAAAAAAUACUGCCGCAGAAGAGGGCGAUGAGGAUGUUGAUAUGGUAGGCGACGGCGACGACGACGAGACCAUGGGCGAACCAUUCCACCUGCCUACUGCAGAGGAGAGAGAAGAAGAGAAGAAAAGCGUUGCCGACGUCCAUGUCGUACAGAAACGUAUGCGACAUUGCGUCCGUAUACUGGGUAAUUUCAAAAGACUAGCAGAGGAGGGCAGGUCACGCUCGGAAUACGUUGCACAGUUGAUUUCAGACAUUGCAAGUUACUACGGGUACAACGAAUUCUUGGCCGAGAAGCUUUUCCACUUGUUCUCGGUUGCAGAGGCGAUCGAGUUCUUCGAAGCAAAUGAGGUGUCGAGACCGGUGACUAUCCGAACCAAUACACUGAAAACACGGCGACGAGAUUUGGUUCAGGCACUCAUUAAUCGGGGUGUCAACCUUGAACCAAUUGGUAAAUGGACGAACGUUGGUCUUCAAGUUUUCGAGAGCACAGUGCCGAUAGGUGCAACACCCGAAUACCUGGCCGGACACUACAUGCUCCAAGCCGCUUCCUCCUUCCUCCCCGUUAUUGCUCUCGAUCCCCAACUCAACGAACGCAUUCUCGAUAUGGCCUCUGCACCCGGCGGUAAGACUACGCACAUCGCUGCCCUCCUCCAAAAUACUGGGUACGUCAUUGCCAAUGAUGCCAACAAGGCCCGAACGAAGAGUCUCGCAGCCAACGCCCACCGCAUGGGUUGCAAGAACGUAACCGUGUGUUCAUAUGACGGCCGGGAGUUCCCGAAAGUGUUGGGUGGAUUCGAUAGGGUACUCCUGGAUGCCCCAUGCAGCGGGACGGGGGUUAUCAGCAAGGAUUCUAGCGUGAAGGUCAACAAGAGCGAUCGUGAUUUCAUGCUUCUCUCACACCUCCAAAAACAGCUCAUUCUCUGUGCGAUCGACAGCGUCUCGCCCGAAUCCAAGACUGGCGGAUACCUCGUUUACUCAACUUGUUCGGUCACUGUAGACGAGAACGAGGCCGUAGUGAACUACGCACUCAAAAAACGGUCUAAUGUUAAGCUUGUCGACACAGGGAUCGGGUUUGGUCGUGAGGGGUACACGCAAUACCGCGGAAAGACGUUCCAUCCCUCAGUGGCCCUUACUAGGCGGUUUUACCCGCACGUACACAACAUGGAUGGCUUCUUCGUUGCGAAAUUCAAGGUUGAGAAGCGGGCGAAAGUGACAGAAAAUAAUGUGGGAUUGGACGCCGUGACGAGUACCGUCGCUGACGCGGCUGAGAAGGUCAAGAAGGUCGAAGAGGGAAAACGGAAACCGAUGAAGACAAAGGGUCUUCGUGUUCGCGCACGACACAAGGACUCGUCAGCAAAAUAGGUACGAAGGCUGCGGCGUAGAGCCAUUCAUUUCUUACCCUGAUACGCGGUGGCCUCACCGUGUCUAUAUCACUGCUGUGUUCUUUGGCUA